CUGGGUUGUGACAUGGCUUAUCCUGGGAUGAGCAGUACACGCUAUCAAUCUAACUGUGAUGGAGCUGAAUUCAUCAUUCUCCAUCAAUUGCUGUUGAUCGAAUUCAUAGACACUGUCUGCUACAAAAAGGACAAAGCAGGACUUACCAAUCUUGAGAAGAAUUCCUUGGCUGCAAUUCAGGAUGAGCCAACA